AAGUGGGGCGGGGGCGGGGAGGCUGCGGGAAGGCGGGAUUUUCGCAGGUGCAGCAGGAGGGCGGUUCGCGGGCCUCCCUCCCUCCUUCCGUCUCUGGCUCCCUCCCUUCCCUCCCUCCCUCGUCGUGUGGGCGAGGCGAGGUCAGGGCUUGGGGAGCACGCGCUCGGCUUUAGGAGAAAGGACCAGUGCUGGCCAGAGACAAUGGCUGCUGGGCACAAUAACUUCUAUAUUGGUCUGAGCUUGGCUCUCAGCUCCAGCAUUUUCAUUGGUACAAGCUUCAUUCUGAAGAAGAAAGGACUUCUUAAGAUUGCUAGCAGAGGCUCUGUGAGAGCAGGUCAUGGGGGCCAUGCAUACCUAAAGGAGUGGCUCUGGUGGGCUGGACUAAUAUCCAUGGGAGUCGGAGAAGCUGCCAAUUUUGCUGCGUAUGCUUUUGCCCCAGCCACACUAGUAACACCCCUGGGUGCACUGAGUGUGUUAGUGAGUUCAAUUUUGUCCUCUUACUUCUUGAAUGAGAAGUUGAACAUUCAUGGGAAGAUUGGCUGUGUGCUAAGUAUUCUGGGCUCAACAAUGAUGGUGAUCCAUGCCCCCCAGGAGGAGACGAUCUUCACCUUGGCAGAGAUGGCUGAAAAACUGAGAAGUCCAGGAUUCAUUGGCUUUGCCAUAUGUGUACUGGCCAGUUCCAUUGCCCUCAUCUUUGUGGUAGGACCUCGAUAUGGCCAUAGUAACGUCCUGGUGUACAUUCUUAUCUGCUCCUCGAUUGGUUCCCUUUCUGUGUCCUGCGUCAAAGGUUUGGGCAUCUCCUUGAAGGAGCUAUUUUCCGGGAAGCCUGUCCUGAAGGAACCCCUUGGUUGGGUGCUGUUGUUUUGUCUGGUGAUCUGCAUAAGCAUUCAGAUCAACUAUCUGAACCGGGCUUUGGACAUUUUCAAUACCUCCAUAGUUACUCCCAUCUAUUAUGUCCUUUUUACCACAGCUGUCAUGACCUGCUCUGCCAUUCUCUUUAAGGAAUGGCAAUAUAUGGUCCUAGACAGUAUCAUUGGCACAAUCAGUGGUUUCCUAACCAUAGUUUUUGGCAUUUUCCUUCUUCAUGCCUUUCGCGACAUCCCUUUUUCUCCUGACCUAAUAUAUUUUUCUCCAAGGUCAAGUUCGGGCAAUUCUCAUGCUCCUCCCUGGAGGGAAAACGAAAGGCAAAAUCAGCCUCUCUUAGAUGGAGAUACCCCUAACAAAGAGUUCCAGAACAUUGAGGUUGGAAGGGUUGAAAAUCUGUGAAUAAUCUGUUUCUGUUGGGUCAGGUGACCUUUGUACUUUUGCUUAAGAUCUCCCCUGGCCUCUGACAUCCAGCCAGAGCAAAUCAGAUUACAUGGUGGAGAGGAGCAAAUUAAUCCCUAACUAGUAAACAGUGGAACAGCAGAACCUUCCCAACUGCCCUGUUGUUACUCAAGUCUCAUUUACUUCACUUGCAUAAUAUGCUGAGUUCUUGUAAUACAUGGUGCUAGAUGUCUAUGUGAAUGUAUAUCUAUAUACCAGUGAAGUGUUUGUGAAAAGAACCAUCUAUCCCUCAUCACUUGUUCAUACAGAAACCUAAAAGAUGCUAGUCUGACAUAUUUGUACAGUUUGAGAAUUCAAAUGUUUUAAGUGUUUAGUGAACAUUAGUUUUGUGGGGUUUUUUUAAUGUUUUUAAAGGUGUUUUUGUGUUACUUUUAGUGCUAACUGAAUCCUGACGAUUCUGAAGUUUGUAUCAAGGACUUGAGUAUAAUUACUAAUAACUGCUGGCUGCGACCACCUGCCUGGUGAGAAGAUUCAAUUCUAACAACCACAUUCCAAAGAUUAUUAACACUACCCCCUCCCUUUCUUCCCAGAGCUCUAGUGCCUGAAGUCCUGGAGAGCAAAGCUUAUUUCUUUAGCUACCCAGAAUGCCUGUUCCAGUCCUUUUACACUGAGAGAGCUGGGUCUGCCUGCUUAUUAAAGUACAUUCAGAGUCACUUAAAAUGUAAUGUGUGCAAGUCCAAAGAGAGAAGCAGCUUAAAUGGCUCCUUGCACCUUUUUGGCUUCGCUUGGAGCAAAGAGUUGCUUUGUCCCUCACCAUUUCCCUGAAGACUUCCAAAAUUUAGUGGCAGCCUCCACAUGAUGGACAAACAGCAGUUAUAGGUAUUAUACUUCCCGUCUGCAGAUCAUCUUGGAGUUUGGAGUGCUCUUGCCUGCAUGUACUGAAUUUAUAGGAGGUUCAUUGUAUGUUUGAAAGAAAUAACCAGUCACUAGAAUGUAAGCUCCUUGAGGGUAGGAGACACUCUGGUUUUUAUUUUUGUAUCCAUACUUGAUGGUUAAUAAAUGUUGAUUCUUG